CGGUAGUCCAUCUCUAGGCUAUGAGUCGCUUUUCUGCCAAAACAAAAGAAAGUUUCCUUUAAAUAUUUUCAUUGGUUCCACUCAUUUUCUCAACACACAACUACGGCUUCACAGUGGACGGCGUCUAACGCUACGGAGGCGAACGAACGCACACCACUCAUGGCUGCUCAUGUCCAGGCCUCGUCCUUGCCGUCGUCUGCUACCGCGGAAGGCGCAGGCAUUGUUGACGGCAGCGUGAACGGCGAGACAGAGCGUUUGGAGCGUCCUCCAAAGCGGCAGAACCAGCGAAACAACUACGGCUCCAACAAUCAGGAUCAACCGGAUGCGGCCAUACUUGCAGUACCCAGUGUGGUUGUUAGGGAUUCCGGUGGCUCCCGGCCUUCGAGACUGAGUGGAGGCGGCGGUGGCGGUCCGCCCACAAAUGAAACUGAGGAGGAACAGGGCCUGAAAUAUGGAGCUCAGCAUGUGAUUAAGUUGUUUGUGCCCGUCUCUCUCUGCAUGUUGGUUGUAGUGGCUACCAUUAAUUCGAUUAGCUUCUACUCCAGUACGGAUGUCUAUCUAUUAUACACGCCUUUCCACGAGCUUUCGCCAGAGCCGAGUGUAAAGUUCUGGAAUGCCCUGGCCAACUCCUUGAUCCUUAUGAGCGUGGUAGUGGUGAUGACUAUUCUGCUGAUAGUUCUGUACAAAAAGCGAUGCUACCGCAUUAUUCACGGCUGGCUCAUUCUCUCGUCCUUUAUGCUUCUGUUCAUCUUUACGUACUUAUAUUUGGAGGAACUACUUCGUGCCUAUAACAUUCCCAUGGACUACCCCACUGCCUUGCUGAUAAUGUGGAACUUUGGAGUAGUGGGUAUGAUGGCCAUACAUUGGCAGGGUCCAUUGAGGUUGCAGCAAGGAUACCUCAUAUUUGUGGCUGCCCUUAUGGCUUUGGUGUUUAUCAAAUACCUACCGGAAUGGACUGCCUGGGCUGUACUGGCUGCUAUUUCUAUUUGGGAUCUCAUUGCUGUCCUUUCGCCAAGAGGACCUCUACGCAUACUGGUAGAAACGGCUCAAGAGCGAAACGAGCAAAUCUUCCCUGCGUUGAUCUACUCAUCCACUGUUAUCUACACAUAUAUGGGUACCCAUUAUACACCCCAGCAAUCACAGGCUACGGCUUCGUCUUCGCCCUCGUCAAGCAAUUCAACCACAACUACGAGAGCCACUCAAAAUUCGUUGGCAUCUCCAGAGGCCACUGUAGCCAGCGGAUCACGUUCAGGUAACUCCCGACCCCAUCCUCAACAAAACAACCAGAAUCGGAACGACAGCAACACUCUGGCAAGUGAAGGUAUGCCACUUGUGACUUUUAAAAGCAAUUUGCGCGGAAACGCUGAAGCUGCGGGCUUUACGCAGGAAUGGUCUGCCAAUCUUAACGAGCGGGUGGCGCGACGACAAAUCGAGGUUCAGACCACACAGAGUGGAAACGCCCAGCGUUCCAACGAGUAUCGAACAGUCACAGCCCCAGAUCAGAGUCAUCCUGAUGAGCAAGAAGAACGCGGCAUCAAGCUAGGUCUCGGCGACUUUAUCUUCUACUCUGUAUUAGUGGGCAAGGCCUCCAGCUAUGGCGACUGGACCACCACCAUCGCCUGCUUCGUGGCCAUCCUGAUCGGACUUUGCCUCACGCUCCUGCUCCUGGCCAUUUGGCGCAAGGCCCUUCCGGCUCUGCCCAUCUCAAUCACAUUUGGCUUGAUAUUCUGCUUCGCCACCAGUGCAGUGGUCAAGCCAUUCAUGGAGAAUCUUUCGGCCAAGCAGGUGUUUAUAUGAACGAAAAGACAAGGAAUUUAGUAGACACGGCCACGCAAAAUGGCCUACAGUAUCAUAGUCUUUACAGCUUUUUAUAACCCACUUCUUUAUUUAACAAAAUGCAUAGUAACAAACAGAAAUUAUAAAA